GUUGUGAAAGGCGAGCGUGUUUCUGGUAAAGCGGAUCACAGAGGUGCACGCCGGAGUUGUAAGCGCAAGGUCGUGCCCGCCGUUGCGGGUAGAGGUAUCUUAGUUUGGGCAAAGAUGAUGUCCGUAGCUGCUCGUCGUGGGGUUCUUUCCCCCUGCAUGCAGACAACAAAGCACAUAGCCAGAAGUUUUCUGUUCCCCGGAGCGAAGGACUUGAUGCCUGCUGCUGCUCCUGGAGGAAUCCGCCCUGCCCACACAGAUAUCAAAAUUCCCGACUUUACAGACUACCGUCGUCCCGAGGUCCUCAACCCCAACAAGUCCUCCCAAGAGAGCAGUGAGGAGAGAAGGGCUUUCUCUUACCUUGUCACUGGAGCUACUACUGUGGUUGGUGUCUAUGCAGCCAAGACAGUAGUCACCCAGUUUGUCUCCUCAAUGAGUGCGUCAGCAGAUGUCCUGGCCUUAUCCAAGAUAGAGAUCAAGCUUGGUGACAUCCCUGAAGGUAAAAACAUGACCUUCAAGUGGAGAGGAAAGCCGCUGUUUGUUCGCCACCGCACAGAAAAAGAAAUUGCUGCAGAGGAGGCUGUGAAUGUUGGAGAGCUGCGUGACCCCCAGCAUGACAAAGAUAGAGUGAUUAACCCCCGCUGGGUCAUCGUCCUUGGCGUGUGCACCCAUCUGGGCUGUGUGCCCAUCGCCAAUGCCGGAGACUAUGGAGGCUACUACUGUCCUUGCCAUGGCUCCCACUAUGAUGCGUCAGGAAGAAUAAGAAAGGGCCCUGCUCCUCUUAACCUGGAGGUUCCCUACUAUGAAUUCCCCGAUGAUGACACAGUCGUGGUUGGAUAAAUACUGCAGCUCUUUCUCAGUUCCAGUAUGUCAUAUGUAUUUUUGAUGGCUUCGUUUGAGAGAUGGCAGUGGCAUAAAAGAUGUUAAUUUACUAAUAAAGAUUAUUUACAACUCCGUGA